GAAAGUCGACUGUGCAGUCUGCAUACGGAAGUAGAGUGAAGUGACACAAGCGUCCGCUGGUCAAGUGCUUCUGUAAAUUCACGUGCACCACCGUCAAAUUAAAGACAACAAAACAGACAGGAAGAUGCGAUUAAGUUAUUCUGACUCUCUACACUAGUAAAAAAAAAAAACUCACAGUGGAAGUGAGCCGAUAUAAGGUGUUCCAACAGCAGCGCAACGCUGUCCUCAUGUGUGUCGAUGGAACCAUGUGUGUCCCCCGACGAGUGUGUGUACACGGCUCACACACACGCAGACCUGACCUUCAGCAGGAUGGAGACCUACCUCCGAACCAAGCAGCUGUGUGACGUCACUCUGGUGGCGGGGGACAGGAGGAUACCUGCUCACAGACUGGUCCUGUCGUCGGUGUCUGACUACUUUGCGGCCAUGUUCACCAGUGAUGUCCGAGAGGCCAAACAGGAAGAGGUUAAGAUGGAGGGGGUGGACCCUGAUGCAUUGUGGGUGCUGGUACAAUACGCUUACACAGGUCGUGUGGAGUUGAGAGAGGACACUAUAGAGUGUAUAUUGUCAGUAUCAUGUCUCCUCCAGCUCCAGUCAGUGGUCCAGGCCUGCUGUAACUUCCUCAUCAAACAGCUCCACCCGUCUAACUGUCUGGGGAUACGCAGCUACGCAGACACACAGAGCUGUACACACCUUCACCACACUGCCCACAGCUACACCAUGGAGAAGUUUGUGGAGGUGGUUAAAGGUCAGGAGUUUCUCCUCCUCCCGCUAGAAGAGAUGGACAGAUUGUUGUCCUCCGACGAUAUGAAUGUUCCAGACGAGGAAACCGUGGUUACAGCAUUGCUAAGCUGGGUCCGCCAUGACGUUUCCACCCGGCAACCACACCUGCCCUCGCUCCUCGCUCACAUACGACUGCCUUUACUGCAAGCACAGUUUCUAGCAGACCUGGAGUGUAACCCUCUGCUCCGAGACAGUGUGGAGAGUCAAAGGCUUUUAAUGGAAGGUAUGAAGUACCAUCUCCUGCCUCAUCGGCGCCCCCUGCUGCAGAGCCCCAGAACCAGACCUCGUAAAUCUACUGUAGGAGCCAUGUUCGCUGUUGGGGGUAUGGACGCUACCAAAGGAGCCACCAGUAUAGAGCAGUACUGCCUGCGUCGGGAUGCGUGGAGCCAGGUGGCGGUGUUGAGCGGGCGCAGACUCCAGUUCGGGGUGUGUGUGUUGGAUCGACGUCUCUACGUGGUCGGGGGUCGGGACGGACUGAAGACCCUCAACACGGUGGAGUGUUACGACCCGGACGGUGGCAGCUGGAGCGUCAUGACGCCCAUGUCCACACACAGACACGGGCUGGGUGUGACAGUACUUGAGGGUCCAAUGUAUGCAGUAGGAGGGCAUGAUGGGUGGAGCUACCUCAGCACUGUAGAGAGGUGGGAUCCUCAGGCUCGUCAGUGGAGCUUCAUCGCCAGCAUGGCAACACCUCGAUCUACUGUAGGAGUAGCUGUACUCAGCGGAAAGUUGUAUGCAGUAGGGGGUCGUGAUGGAAGCUCCUGUCUACGCUCCGUUGAGUGUUUUGAUCCCCACACCAACAGGUGGAGCUGCUGCGCUCCGAUGGCGAAGCGUCGCGGCGGGGUGGGCGUGGCUACCUGGAACGGUUUCCUGUACGCUAUUGGAGGACAUGACGCUCCCGCCUCCAGCCUGGCAUCACGACUCAGCGACUGUGUGGAGAGGUACGACCCCCAGACGGAUGCGUGGACGGCGGUAGCCCCCAUGAGCGUCAGUCGUGACGCUGUCGGUGUGUGUCUCCUUGGAGACCGUCUCUAUGCGGUCGGUGGUUACGAUGGAACGGUGUACCUGAACACUGUCGAGGCCUACGAUCCCCAGACCAACGAGUGGACACAGGUGGCUCCACUGUGUCUGGGCCGGGCUGGGGCCUGUGUGGUGGCUGUCAAACUGUGAACACACGCACCUGAACACUCACGCACCUGAACACUCUUUGGACCCUCCCCAUUCCUCCUUGUCUCCAGGGUUACCUCCAAUGGGAGUUUAACUGUAACAUUCCACUAAAACCAGAAGGACAUUAUAGACAUUUGGUUGGAGAGGAGAUUACUGACUACAGAUUGAUGAGCUCUCUCUGUCUCUCUGUCUCUGUCUCUCUCCUCCCCUCUCUCUGUCUCUCUCCU